GGAAGAAUUGGAGUAUUGGACUAUAUAGCUAGAGGUUCUUCAAUUGCAUGUGAGGGUGAGACCAAUGACUUUAACUUCCUCGAUAGAAGUGAUGUGAGACCUAAGGAAUCUAUGCAUAAAAGGGUUCAUCCUCCUUAACACCAUAAUCAUUCAACCCCACUCAGUUUACCUUCACUUUUCCCUUUCCUCACAAAACAGAACUCCACAAAGAGAAAAAAAAAAAGAGACCAACUAUUGUCUCUUACUCCACACACAAUCCCUUGAUUUUCUCUCUCUCUAUGACCUUGCUUUACAAGGAGAUCCCAAUGUAGAUCCCCACCAACCGCCAUUUCUUCAGCUGAAAGCCUCUUAUCCGUCAAACACUCAUGUCCCAUUACAGUACUGACUGUUAGGCAGAUAGUGGAAAAAGAAAAAAAAGAUAUAAUUGAGAUGGAUGUGAGUAGGAGAAGACUUGGAGUUAGAUGCAGUGUGGUUGCAGGGUCAGUGUGGGAGAGCAGAAUGAAGAGUGAUGAAGUUGGUGGUGGAGUUAAGGUCUUCACUGGAGAACAAAGUGCUGAAGAAGGAGGCAAUGGUGGCACCUGCAGAUUGAAGAGAAGCCAAAUUGGGAGUGUGGUUGCCACUGGAAAGAGAAAAACUUGGAAAUCAGAAGGGUUAGAAAACAACCAUAUUCAAAUAGCCAUAGGAAAAUCAGAACCCCAGAAGAAUGGUGGUAAUAGUAGUAGUAGUCAGCAAUGCAAGGAUCUCAACAUAUCUUCUGAUUCAAUCAAGAAGAGCCCAAUUCAGGCCAGGAAGAAAAGGUCUGGGGUGGGUGAAUCUUUUGAAAAGAAUGCUGGGAAGCUCAGAAAGAACAAAUCAGAUUUAAUUAAGAAUGUCGGUGAUGGAGAUGCGGGAAAUGCAAUUCAGCCUAGGAAGGGCAAAUCAGAGUUGGAUCAUGUUUUGGAUGAAUCAAGGAAUGAUGGAUUGGCUGGUGGGUCUGCAAGAGUUGUAAUUCUCAAUGGGAAGAAUGAUUGUGAUGAAAAUUGCAAGGAUUUUGGUGUGUGCCUAGAGAAGGUCAUUUCUAGCAAUUCAGGUAAUGUUGGCAUGAUCAAGUGUUCACCAGUGCAUGUUGAUGAUGAUGAUGAAGAUGAUGUGGUAGAGGAAGAGGUGGAUGAUGAGGAGAUUGAUAUUGAGAUGGAGAAGGGGAGCUUUGAUGUUAAGGAAAUCAGUGUACCAGAAUCCAAGGUUGUGAAUGAGACAGAAAGGAAGGAGGUUGUGAAUGUAGCAGCAAAACAGAAGAUUGUGAAUGAACCAGAACCUAAAAAGGUUGUGAGUACCAACAGACAAUUUCAUCAAAAAAAUGAAAGGCCAGUGUCUGUUCCUAUAUCUGUGAAGCCAUCUCUUCCAAUUAGAAAGCUUUCCACAAUUCACCAAAAUUUCUCCAAGGCUGAUUCAAUUCCAAAGGCAGAAGAGUACUGUAGUUUUCCACAGAGCCAGAACAAACUGCAGAGUUUAGUUGAUUUAAUCAUGUGGAGAGAUAUCUCUAGAUCAGCAUUUAUCUUCGGGAUUGGAACAUUCGCCAUAGUUUUAUCUUCUUAUGCAAAAGAUAUCAAUCUGAGUCUUAUUUCUGUAAUGUCCUAUAUUGGCCUUGUCUAUCUAGCUGUUAUCUUCCUCUAUAGAUCACUAAUAUGCAGGGGGGUCAUAGAUGUAGAGGACACAAACUAUGUACUACGAGAAGAAGAAGCAAUUUGGGUGCUAAAAUUGAUCCUUCCUUACUUGAAUGAGUUCCUGUCAAAACUUAGAGCCAUGUUUUCUGGAGAUCCUGGUACCACAAUUAAGUUGGCAGUUUUGCUCUUUGUUCUUGCCAGAUGUGGCAGCUACAUAACCAUUUGGAAGAUGGCCAAAUUCGGCUUCUUUGGAGUUUUUACCGUGCCAAAAAUCUGCUCCUCGUAUUCUGCACAGUUAACUGCAUUCGCAAACUUUUGGAUUCGUCGAUUCCGGGAUGCUUGGGAUUCUUGCUCUCACAAAAAGGCUGUGGCUCUUGGCAUUUUUGGCCUUGUUUGGAAUUUGUCAUCAGUGGUUGCUCGCAUUUGGUCAGUGUUUGUGCUAUUUGUGGCCUUCAGAUAUUAUCAACAACAUUAUUUGGUGAGAGAGGAAUUGGUGGAAAAUGAAGCAGGAUGUGAUGAAACAUGGCAAGAACCUGCUGGAGUUAAAGUUGGAAUGCAGAGACAACAGUCCACACACAAAAUCUUUGAAACUCAGAAAGUAAAGAAAGUAUUCUAAAGAGCGCUAAAUUAUUUUGUUAGUUCCACGUAGAUUUUCUCCAUUGUAUAAAAUUGUUGUCAUUGUAAAGGUCAUUUUUAGUGUUUUUCUUAAUAGAGCAUGGUUCAUGAGGAAAAAGAAAUAAUCACUUGGACAUUUAUGGCUUGUUAUUAGAAUUUGUUAAUUCUUUCUAUUUCAAAA